UUCACUCAGAAUUAAGAUAUCGUGGAACGAAAUCAAGCGUUUUCGGGCAACGGAACGGGUGUACUGUCCAGCCUUAAAUAUUCCACUGCCGGAUCAACUAAAGUGUUCCAAACCUAUUUCAAACCCCUCUAGUUCGUUCCAUUGAUGUAGAAUUUUUCAGACCCGCUGCAGAACCUUAUAAUCCUUUUUAAAACUUUCUAAAUUCACUUCAAAUUGUGCUCGGCUUUUUUGGAAUUAUGGUAGGUAUAAGAACACUCGAAUGCGUAAGCCGUUCCAAAGUUUGUGUAAGUACGCUUUUCCAAAACGUCCUAAACCAGUCCCAAAACCGUACGCCCGCAGCUUUUUGAACUCUUCCAGAACUGAUUGGAUCCAUCCUUAAUUUUUCACAUCUACAUCACCACUUCAAAGACUUUGUAAACUCAUUUUGUAUGCUUGGUACUUCUAGAUACGUUCACAGUAGGACCCUCCGAAGCUUCCUAGGUCUUUCCAGUUUUAAUACUCUUCCAAAAGCAUUGUCGAAACCUUCUACUUUUAAAAGUCCCCCAGAACCUUUUGGGUCCCUCUAGAAUUUUCCAUAUCCACUCAAGGACCUUAUAAAUAAUCUUUCAACGUUUUUUAACUUACUUUAAAGUGUGCUAGGCUCUUCUAUGUUCAAUGAAGCACACUCAAAAGCUUCUGAACCCUUUAUAAAGGUUCAAUCGGCUUCUACUUUAAAAUUUUCUCUCAUUCCACUGCCUUUGAUAGGUAUACCUACUCAUCCAGGACCCUUGAAGUCAACCCAGAGUUCUCUAGAUCCACUUUCAUAUCUCCUUCAAUCCUUUCUAAAUCCACUUAAAAGCAUGCUCGGCUAUUCUGUGUUUACAGCUUGUCUAAAGCGACCACAAAAAAUUAUAUUGAAUGACCCGGUAUGAAUAAUUCUAGCCACCAAAAAAAUCGGUAUCGUGUACAGAGUAAAAGUAAUUUAUUAACUAUAGAUUAAAGUGACCGGCUACUAGAUACAACUAACUACUCGUCGGGUAUCACUUCGAGCCCGUUAACCUUAUACGGGCUGUUGGUCAACUCCCUAUCCCUCAGGUAGUGGAAACGAUCCAUCCUCUCCAUCAGCGAUCUUCGAUAGCAAUUCCCAAGCGCAAGCUUAUUGAUUACAUACGCCGAAUAAUGCGGAAUUGCCAGCGCGACGAAGAUAACUGCGGCGGACGGUAGAAUUUCGUACCACAUCGUCGGCUAAAAAAGUUCAUCGAUUAAGAUGGAUUCGUGAAUAUUGCACCCGGUCAGUCGGAUGCUCGCUACCUGAUUGCUGUCGUUUGGAGAGUUGGUACCACCUGAUUGGACGCUUUCGAAUCUUUGACCUUUGUUGAGGGAAUAAACGAGCCUAAGGUAGUCCAUGGCGUUGGUGAAAUAGCGCAUUUUGUAAAGAAAUGUGCCUUUGUUUAUUCAUUUAAUUUAAACAAAGGUAGCCCGUAGAUUUAAUGAAGAUUGAAUACUACUUACCAGUAAUUCUGUUUAAAAAUGGCCUCUAAUUUAAUAAAGGGAUCCAGCCCGUACACUUUGGAUUCAAAACAUAGCGACAAGGAAAGGUGGAUUUGCAUUUAUCCCGCGUACAUUAACAGCAAAAAGACGCUGGCGCAAGGAAGGAAGAUAGCCAAGGAGAAGUGCGUGGAGAAUCCGACGCACCAGGAGAUGCGCGACGUGCUCGUCGCCGCCGGUUUAAAGAUCGGCGUCGAAAACAAACUGUACAGCAGGGAGAAGAGCAAGGAGCUGCUUUACCGGGGACGUUUACGCGUGCAGUUGAAGAACGACGACGGAUCGCCGUGCGAUGGUAGGUUUACGUCGCGCGAAAGCCUGAUGUGCCAUUUAGGCGAGAUGAUUCCGAAGUUGAAAGUUAGGCAGACGAAGGGGGGCGGCGAUCAGCAACAGGCGUCGUCGAGCAAGGGAAAAAACAAGGGGAAAGGGCGAAAAUAAAACGUGGUUUUUGUAUGUAAA